AUGGAACGAUCACUGCCCAUUCAGGAAGAACAAAGAGUAAAACAACUGGUAAAUGAAAAGACUACUACAAGGGGAAUGGAGAAAAGAACAAACCCACCUGAUAAAGGGUACUGGUCUGAUAAGGGGAGUUCUAUGAGUGUAAGAUGUGGCAGAAGUGAUUCAAAGUGGAUGGAUAAGAAUUUUGUAGAAGAUUUUGAGCCAAAUUCCUCAGAUGAGGAUUAUGUGGAUCAGAUCUUUAGGCGUAAGCCCAAAGGUAAGAUUCCUCUUUCAUUUCAUGAUUAG